AUGGCAUGGAAUACUAACCUUCGGUGGCGACUGCCACUCACCUGCUUCAUCUUACAGGUGGUCAUGGUGGUCCUUUUUGGGGUGUUUGUGCGCUACGAUCCUGAAGCUGAUGCACACUGGACUGAAGAAAAGAGGCAUCGCAACAUUUCCAGUGAUGUGGAGAAUGACUUCUACUACCGGUAUCCAAGUUUCCAGGACGUCCAUGUUAUGAUCUUUGUGGGUUUUGGCUUCCUCAUGACCUUCCUGCAGCGCUAUGGUUUUGGUUCUGUUGGUUUCAAUUUCCUCCUCGCGGCUUUUGGAAUCCAGUGGGCACUGCUGAUGCAAGGCUGGUUCCACUCCUUCUAUGAUGGCUACAUCCACAUUGGUGUGGAGAACCUCAUCAAUGCUGAUUUCUGUGUAGGCUCUGUCUGUGUGGCCUUCGGAGCUAUCCUUGGCAAGGUCAGCCCUGUCCAGUUGCUCAUCAUGACCCUGUUCCAAGUGACCCUCUUUUCAGUGAAUGAAUACAUCCUCCUCAACCUUCUCCAGGUAAAGGAUGCUGGUGGCUCUAUGACUAUCCACACAUUUGGGGCCUACUUUGGACUUACAGUGACUUGGAUCCUCUACCGACCUAACCUGGAGCAAAGCAAGGAGAGGCAGAGUUCUGUGUACUCCUCGGACCUCUUUGCCAUGAUUGGUACUUUGUUCUUGUGGAUGUACUGGCCUAGCUUUAACUCAGCUGUUUCCAACCAUGGAGAUGCCCAGCACCGGGCAGCCAUCAAUACCUAUUGCUCCCUGGCUGCCUGUGUUCUCACCAGUGUGGCCCUCUCCAGUGCCCUACAACGGAAAGGCAAGCUUGACAUGGUUCACAUCCAGAAUGCAACACUCGCUGGUGGCGUGGCUGUGGGGACAGCAGCUGAGAUGAUGCUCAUGCCCUAUGGCUCUCUUAUUGUUGGCUUCAUCUGUGGCAUUGUCUCCACUGUGGGCUUUGUCUACUUGACACCAUUCCUGGAGUCUCGGCUGCGCAUCCAAGACACCUGUGGCAUCAACAAUUUGCAUGGAAUGCCAGGCAUCAUUGGGGGCAUUGUGGGUGCUGUCACUGCCAAUGAAGCUAGUAUAGCUGUUUAUGGACACGAAGGGCUCAAGAAAGCCUUUGACUUUGAAGGCUCCAAAAGUGGAUGGAGCCCUCAAAAGCAGGGCCAGUACCAGGCAGCAGGCAUCUUUGUGUCUCUGGCCAUGGCCCUUGUGGGAGGUGCCAUAGUAGGCUUUAUUUUGAAACUUCCAUUUUGGGGACAACCUGCAGAUGAAAACUGCUUUGAGGAUGAGGUCUAUUGGGAGGUACCUGAAGCUGAGAAGAACAGCUACCAUCAUGAGGAUACUACCCUUAAGCCUGUGGCAUGA